ACUGUUGUAAUAAUUUUGUUAAACAGAUGAAAAAAAUGACAUUUUGAAAAUAUCAGCAGUUAUCAGCAGUUGUUAUUUUCUUGUUCAUUAGGUUAUGUUUGUGAGUUUCACCUCACCUCUUGCAGUUGCAAAAUGGUGGCUCUACUGUGUGACAGAGUAAACCAUGCUUACCCACCAAACCUUCGUCACUUAGCAGAAACUAUUAACUCUUUUCUUGUUUCACAGUGUUUCUAGACACAGCAACCCAGUCUCAUGAGGAUUCGUAAUAAUUUGUACGAGAUCAUACAAAUUCAAACCUAAACCUGACCAUGGUUGUAAUAUGGAAAAACUGUAUAACUAUAGAAUAUUUAGGAAAAUCUUAGUCAUACUUUAUAAUAUCACACAAUUUUAGCAUCUUGUACAAAUUAUUGCGUUGGAUAUAUGUGACAAAUAGGUUUGCUGAUGUUACUGCAAUUAUCUGGAAAUUUACUGUCAUGUUUAACUUGGUUAGUAAAGUAAUGGUGGUGGUGGGGCGUUAAGUGUUGAAAAAAAGUAUUUACAAUGUGGUCAGAGCAAACUUGACUUCCUCUUCUGUCUGGUUCAGAGCUGCAGUAGACUUCAUCAUAAAUGUGUGGAAGGAACCAGGUUUCAUUAGAUUCAAUGAUUUUAUUCAUCCAGGAACAUGAAGAUCAUUCAGCUUCAGCUCUAUGUAUUAAUCUGUUGUCGAGCUGCAGCAGCAAAUCAACUAACUGAUUUGGGAUCAAAUGUGACCAUAAACUGUGAUCUUGAUGAUAAUGAGAUUUAUUGGAUUUUACUGAAAACACCAGAUCCUCCAACAGUGAUUCUACGAUCAACCUCAGUUCCAACAGCACCUUUUUACUCAAACAAAACAUUCAGAAACAAAUAUUCACUGCAAUUUAAACAUCUGGUUAUAAAUAAUGUCACGGCUGAUGAAUUAGGAGUUUAUUACUGUAUGAACACACGCACACCUCUAAAACUCAGCAACAGCACCAGACUGUACAUCGCCGAACCAAUUCAAUUAACUGAGUCAACUGAGUGUCACAAUCAUACAGUGGUGGAGUGUAUUGAUCAGAAUCAGACACAAUGGCAGAUUAUCAUCACAAUAUCUGGUCUGAUGAACGGGCUUCUGGUCAUCGUGGUUAUCGUUGGACUAGUAAAGGAUUUUGUUGGAAACAGAAGGUCCACAGAACACUCACAACAUCUCAACACUGAUCUACAGCAGUCACACGUUAUAGAAGAGCAUCAGGACCAGUUUCAGUAUGCUGAGGUGGAUUUUUCCAAGCUACGUAGAAACUUUCUGUUCAGCCAAGUCACCUAUGCUGUACUAAAGCCGGUAAAAUCAUGAACUUAUGCGUAUGAUGGGCUACUUAUUUUGAUCACUGUUUCUUGAAUUUCUAACCACAAACUGUUUGGCAGCUCUCAGCAAAGCAUGCUGGGGAUCCGCUGAAAAGUUUAAAAAAAAAAACUAAAACAAUCAGUUAAAAUGGACUAAACAAUGUGAUUUGAUUUAUCACUGCAUCAGUUAUUUUGUACAAAAAAGCAAACGGCAUCAGUUAACUGACCAAAGGUUUAACUUCUAGGGAGUUUAAACAGCUGGUGGGAUUAUUGAAAAAAAAAAUGUGCUGACAAAUGUAUAUUUUCUGUGUAGAAAAACAUUGUCCUUAUAUUUUAAACAUACUCUAUUAUUUUAAACUGAUACUAAAAAAAAACAACAAAAAAAAAACAAUAUGAAUAUCGUGUUUUCACACUUGGUCCUUUUCAGGGGUCUGAACAUGGUUCAUGUGAUUUUUGGCCCAUAUGUGAACACUCCAAACGAUCUUAGACCCUUUAAAAAUGAACCAAACGAGACCUUCUCCGGAGGUGAAAAAAAAAUUGAUUAUUCCAUUCACGAAUUCCAGUGUUGUUUGGCCAUCAGAUGCCUCCAUACAAAUCGGCUGUUCAUCAUGGCUGCUUCUUUUCUCAGAUCUCUACAAUUUGUUCACAAUACACUUGUUUACUGUAAUUUCAACUGCUUCCAAACUGUGUAGGAGAGAUGCGGCUGCGCGCCUUGCCAGUUUUAACAUUUUUUGAUAUACGGUUUUACAAGUGCACACACUUUUGGUG